UGCUACUAAGUUAAUGGGGUCAGCCGACUAACCCUCCCCCUUUAUAUUACCUGCUCAAAGUACGGCGUGGCAGGUUCGUUCUUCGUAAAUUGCCGGUGAAGUGAAGUUUAGUCGAUAAACCAUGGAAGAGAUUAGCAACAGAAACGAGAAUGAAAGGUUAAGAAGGGAAUCAAUCCAAUUAGCUACGGUGUUGAAAGAAAUGAAAUCAGGCUUAGAUGUAGUGACUACCAAAAUACAGGCUUUAACUGCUAAGGUGAAAGCAAAUAAUUUCCCAACUACGGAUGGGAUAAGUUAUUUGGAAGCCAAGCAUUUGUUGCUUCUAAACUAUUGUCAAUCACUUGUGUAUUAUUUACUUCGCAAGGCAAAAGGGUAUUCAAUUGAGGGACAUCCUGUUGUUAGGAGUCUUGUUGAGAUUAGAUUGUUUCUUGAAAAGAUUAGGCCAAUUGACAAAAAACUUCAGUACCAAAUUCAAAAGCUUACAAGGGUUAGUGGGAGUGCAACGCAGCAACAAGGAGCUUCAAAUGAAGCAUCAGAUGGACGUGAGAAGACACAGGAUCCAUUGACUUAUCGCCCGAAUCCAGAUAUGCUUAUUAGUAAAGCAGAUAUGAUACCAGAUGAUGGUACUGGUGUCUAUAGACCACCCAAAUUCGCUCCUGCAGUUGUGGAAGAGGAUCAAAAGAUGUCGAGAGAGGAGAGGAAUGCUUUAAGGAGGGAAAAAGAAACUUUGCGAAAAGCUUCAAGGAGUGGUUUUAUUAGGGAAAUGAUGGAUGAUUUAGAAGGAAAACCUGAAGAGGUUAGAGAAAUUAUUGGAACUGAAAGUAGAGAACUCACUAGAUAUAUGGAAAAGAUGGAAAGGCGCGCGCAGCAAGAGGAAGAACUUUUCACUCGUGCUCCCGUCACAAAGAUGGACAAAAAGAUAGAGAAACACUUGAAGAAGUCAAGAAAUGGGUUGCUUGGUCUGACAGACAGUUUCUAUGAUGAAAUUAAAACAUUACCGUUGGGGGGUGAUACCAAUGAGCAACCAACAGUCUUCGGUAAUGGUAGCAGUGGAAUGGGGAAGAUAAAAAAGCGCAAGAGGAAACAUUAAAUGGCAACAAACUGGAUGUACAUUUUAAGUGGGGUGGAAUGGCAAUUUUGCAUUGAAGUUUUCUAUUGAAAGCAUGUUCUUAAGUUUUGGAUUGUGCGAAGAAUUUAUUAUUAUUAUUUGCUCCCAUAGAUUUGCUGAUUAGAUUGAAACAUACCAUAGGGACUAAGAUUCGUCAUGUUUCUGCACUAAAAAUCUUCUUUUGCUGCCCCCUUGAGUUGUAUUUACUUAAAAAAUUAACAUAGGAAGUAAAUGAAAUGCUGUUCCCUGGCUGAUCAUUUAGGUUUUGUUUGGUAGGAAGAACCAAAAAGUGCAAUCCUGGAAAACCGGUUGAUUUAAUUAUUAAGCUAUAUCUAGUUUAUCUAGUUCAAUUGA